CCGCCCACCAGCAACAGGCUCUUCGCAUCGGAUCAUUCAAACCUGCUGCUCUCGUCUCACCCGAUAAAUACCAAGUUUUAAUUUUAUAGGUAUGGACUGUAACACCAGCGUUUGUCGAAGUUACACUGACUUUUUAAAUUUGUGAGAAAGCUUUCGGAAAUGUCAGUGUGGUGGCCACCGGCAAACUAAAACUCAGAAGAAUCGGGUUUGAGUUGGCACCUGAACCGAACCAUGGGGUCGUUCCGAAAGCCCAGGCCACGUUUCAUGAGCUCGCCGGUGCUGUCGGACCUCGCCCGUUUCCAUGCCAGCUCACCAACGUUGCAGCUGUCCAAUGCCAGCGUAUGGAACAGUGUUCACACGGCUGUUAUAAAGGUGUUUCAAGGAGGGAGCCUGCAGACCAAUGAACUUUACACCUUGAAUGAGAGCAUAAGGUGGCUUUUAAGGACAGAACAGGGAUCCUUUAUCACAGAGUAUUUUCAGGAUCAGCUUUUAAAUAAAGGUCUGACACACGUUUUGGAGAGGAUUCAGCUUCAUGAUGAGGAAAAUAGUCUCCAAGCGCUGUCUGAUAUGUGGGUGAGGUUUUUCACAGAGAUCCUGCCAACUCUCCAAGCUAUUUUCUACCCCGUGCAGGGUCAGGAGUUGACUGUGAGGCAAAUGGCUUUGCUAGGCUUCAGGAACAUGGUCCUGUUGAAGCUUCCUGCGGAGAAGAUGCUUCACGUAGAUUCCUACCCUCCUCCGAUCACACAGAUGCUCCUCAUCCUACAGGGCAUUCAUGAACCUAAUGGACCCACGCAAGAGUAUUUCUUACUCGAGAGACUGGUGGAAAUGGUUAUAUCUCCCUACCUGAGUAACUACCUCUACUUGAGCCAAAGUGAUUCUUCUUCAGAGAAUCAUUUAGAACGCCUGAGAUCAGUUAACACUCCCCACCGAGGUCAACCCGAGAUCACGGUGACACAAUUUGCUCACGAAUCCUUCUUGGCACCUCUAAUCGAGCAUGAAGGGGAAGCUUAUUUGGAAAAGACUGGAGGAAUCAGACGCCACACUGUUGCCAACGUGCACUCGGAAAUCCAGCUACUGUCCGUUAAAAACAGGAUGCGUUCUGGAAAAGUCGAGUUCAGUGCGGCGACCAGGAUCAUUGAGACAGGAAGCAAAAGGACUCCCAUGUCUUUCUCUAGCGAUUCGGCUUUUUGUAAUUCCAGGCCAGUUGCUAUGGAAAUUCACAGAGGUCAAAGCACUGCUGAGAUACAGUGUGGCCUAAGCAGUUAGAAAGCAAUGAGCGUUUUUUCUCGAGAUGCCCACUGCAACCGGCAUGAACAUGUUUAUUUAAUAAAAUCGAGAGGCUACUCAAAGCGCUUCAGUAGCGCUUACUGAUAAUGUGAAGCUUUCCGCGUGCUGAAUUGUGUUUUGCUUGGCAAUGUUUUUUAUAGUAUGAGACUGAAUGAUUUUUGUAAAGCUCUCCAAACGUCACACUUUUCUGGUGGCUGAGCUAUAUGUUAUGGUGGGCUAACCAAGUUUACAAAGGUACAGCAAGGCAUUGCAGAAACAGUGAUGCGUUGGAUUAUAAAAUUAUUUGCACUGCCUUAAAUCCUUACUUUUAAAUGAUCGAACAGUAAAAUUUUCGCAGUACAAACAAAACAUUCAAAUAUGACAAAAUGUAACUUUUACAUUUAUGAAUGUUUUAUGAUCGGACUUGCAAUAGUAUUGCACAAUAUAUUCUUUUAAAUUAAUUUCGAGAAAAUGUUUUUAAUAUUAUGUAUGUAAAAGAAUACUGUAUAUAUUUAUUUUGUAGUAAUAAAGUUGAAGAAAGAUCAUAUAA